AAUGCAGAAUUAUUUACUUUAACUUAUGGUUCAAUUGUUGCACAACUUGUCAAAGAUUAUGAAGAUUGUCAAGAAGUCAACAAGCAAUUAGAAAAAAUAUUGAUUGAAGAUUUUCUUGCAAGAUCAAGUUUAGGACGUUGUGCUGAUUUUCGUGAGACUGCAGAAGUUAUUUCCAAGGUUGGAUUCAAGAUUUUUUUAAAUAUUACACCAACUUUAACAAAUUGGUCACAGAAUGGCAAAGAUUUAAUAGAAUUUUCACUUAUUUUUGAUGAGAAUCCAUUAGCUGAGUUUGUUGAAUUGCCAGAUGAUGGAAAUAUGGAUGAGCUAUGGUAUUCAAAUAUAUUAUGUGGUGUAUUAAGAGGUUCUUUAGAAAUGGUUCAACUACAAGUUGAAGCAUAUUUUAUUAGUGAU